AUGUUUCACCCUGCAGAAGCAGCACAACAAGAUGCCAGCAACCCUCUGGGUCUCCCAAUCUACGAAUGCUGGUUCUGUCCAACACGGUGGAUAGGAUUCUCUGGUCUACUCUUCCAUCUUGAAGAUGGUCGCUGUGUGAAGAAGGAUCGCAUUCGCACCCUCGCCUUCGAGUCCCCCGAAUAUGGCUUCUACGGAAACAGCCUCGCCGACGACAACCCAUUCUUCUGUUUCCAAUGCCGCGCUCACUUUCCUCAAAUCUCUUACCUUUAUUACCACGUCGAGCGUAAUCCGACCUGCUCGCACUUGCUCAACAAACACGAGUGCCUAGAUGCUCUCCGUGACUUCUACAUUGAGUACUACGACUGUCCUGGUUCGGAUUACGUUCACUAUUGA